AUGGCCUUCCUCCUAGCUUGGACCGCAAUGUUGGCUUGGGUGCAUGGCAAAGAGCUGCAGAAUGGAGAUCUUUGCGCUUGCCACAGCGCGACAUGCAGUCGCAACAAUGGCACUGUGGACGACACAGCGUUGUUGCAAAGCAAGCUGGGCGCAGGUUCUCUGCAGGCCGAGACCCGUCCACGCCGCCGCGGCCGGUCCAGGCGUUGGCGUCGACGCCGCCGCUAUGGCUACUAUCAGCCAGCACCCGUGUCAACAACUUCGACGACGAGCUCCGAGGCAUCCGUGUCAACGACUUCAACCAGCUCGGAGGCGCCCGUUGUGCCAACCACUACGACAGCAACACCUGCUCCCCCUAUGUGGACGCUUGGUGAACUCCAUGACACCUGCAAUGACUACUGCCAUUUUCGCGGCUAUUCUGGUUGUGACCUGGCCGAGAUGGAAACCGUAGACACGGAGGAGGAGCUUGCGGCGGAAAUGCAGAACUUGGGCAAAACCUGCCUUGUCAAUGGGAGCAUGUGGAAUGAAGUCGCAACGUACGCCCCAGGGCCGUCAGGGUGCUACCUGAACAAGAUCGCAAUGGACUGCGACUCCAACAGAGAGGAAAAGCAUCAACCCCUUUGCUACUGCAUUGGCACGACGACGACAACAUCACCAGUCGGAUGGGUCUUGGGCGAACUCCACGACACCUGCAAUGACUAUUGCCAGUACACGGGGCAUGCUGGUUGUGACUUCGACAGGAUUGCGGAGAUCAAUCGGAUCCCACGCGCUCGACGGCUGUUGGAGAGCCUGAACUACACGUGUGACGUGAGCGAUGGUGAUUGGAACGAAGCACCCACUUACAGACCAGAUCUGGAUGGAUGCUACUACAAUCGACUCGCCUUAACUUGUGAUGAGAACAGGAGGGAGCAAAAUCAGCCCGUGUGCGCGUGCAAUGGCACAGCUCCGCCCCCGACUCCACCAGUCGGGUGGGUCUUGGGCGAACUCCACGACACCUGCAAUGACUACUGCCAGUACACUGGAUAUGCUGGCUGUGACUUCGACCGGAUUGUAGAGAUCAAUCGGAUCCCACGCGCUCGACGCCUGCUGGAGAGCCUGAACUACACGUGUGACGUGAGCGACGGAGACUGGAACAACGUGUCUACUUACAGACCAGAUGUGGGUGGAUGCUAUUACAAUCGAAUUCCUCUCAGUUGUGAUGCGAACAGGAGAGAGGAAAAUCAGCCCGUGUGCGCAUGCAAUGGCACAGCUCCACCCCCGACUCCACCAGUCGGAUGGGUCUUGGGCGAACUACACGACACCUGCAAUGACUACUGCCAGUACACUGGGUAUGCUGGCUGUGACUUCGACAGGAUUGUAGAGAUCAAUCGGAUCCCACGUGCUCGACGCCUGCUGGAGAGCCUGAACUACACGUGUAACGUGAGCGACGGAGACUGGAACAACGUGUCUACUUACAGACCAGAUGUGGGUGGAUGCUAUUACAAUCGAAUUCCUCUCAGUUGUGAUGCGAACAGGAGAGAGGAAAAUCAGCCCGUGUGCGCAUGCAAUGGCACAGCUCCACCCCCGACUCCACCAGUCGGAUGGGUCUUGGGCGAACUACACGACACCUGCAAUGACUACUGCCAGUACACUGGGUAUGCUGGCUGUGACUUCGACAGGAUUGUAGAGAUCAAUCGGAUCCCACGUGCUCGACGCCUGCUGGAGAGCCUGAACUACACGUGUAACGUGAGCGACGGAGACUGGAACAACGUGUCUACUUACAGACCAGAUGUGGGUGGAUGCUAUUACAAUCGAAUUCCUCUCAGUUGUGAUGCGAACAGGAGAGAGGAGAAUCAGCCCGUGUGCGCAUGCAACGGCACAGCUCCACCCCCGACUCCACCAGUCGGAUGGGUCUUGGGCGAACUACACGACACCUGCAAUGACUACUGCCAGUACACUGGGUAUGCUGGCUGUGACUUCGACAGGAUUGUAGAGAUCAAUCGGAUCCCACGUGCUCGACGCCUGCUGGAGAGCCUGAACUACACGUGUAACGUGAGCGACGGAGACUGGAACAACGUGUCUACUUACAGACCAGAUGUGGGUGGAUGCUAUUACAAUCGAAUUCCUCUCAGUUGUGAUGCGAACAGGAGAGAGGAGAAUCAGCCCGUGUGCGCAUGCAACGGCACAGCUCCACCCCCGGCUCCACUGGAUCCGAACUGGGUUUUGGGACCGCUUGGAGGCAACUGCGACGACACCUGCACCGGUUUAGGCAAAGCCUGCGAUGCCACCAAAAUCGGGGAGAUCAAUCGGAUCCCUCGGGCCAGGCGGCUGCUGCAGAACAUGAACUACACAUGCGAUGUGAGCGGCGGGCAGUGGAACAAGCUGCCGACUUAUGAACCAGGUGCGAACGGUUGCUACUACAACCGGAACCCUGUUGACUGCUCUGUUGACGUUUCGGGCCACCUUCAGCCCCUCUGCUACUGUACCGUAUAG